AUGGGGACGUGUGCCUCCAGCAACAACCUGACGGGGGCCACCAGUUCCAAAUCGUCUGGUCACAACCCGAUCAUCACCAUUUCCGAAUCGUCCAAGAAUGUUCCUAAACCUGUUUCUGGGACAACUAGCAGUCCAAGACUAUCGGAAACCAAAUUAUCAUCUAGGAACUGUGUUUCAAAUUCUCCAGAACUGAAUCAACUAAAUCCCGCAUCAGCGAUUGUGAAUUCCCCGGAGCCUUUUAUAGGUUCUCCAGAUUCCGGACUAGGACAUACUGGGGGUACAUCUGGGAACGGUGACACUCCCAACUAUGUUUUGUUGCAAAACGCUGUACAGAAGGAAGACGAUAAUUUUGAUCUGAAGCAGUUAGUUUGUGAUGAGCGUGGCGAUGAUUAUAUUGAAGGUAAGUUUGAUUCCAUUAUAAAUUUCUACAGAAAAAGCUGGGAUGAUGUGUCUAGAACAUGA